UUUCUGUGAUGCGUUGUGAUGCAGAGCAAAGUGUUGGUGCUUAAUAUGGAGUGACUCUAGUGACGUGUAAGGCUGUAGAGUUCAUCUCAUAAUACUGCUAUCCAUCCUCGAGCGCCCACCGCCCCAGUAUCCGGGAAAGCCAGCCUAUCUACACACCGGGACGCAGGAACAGUGCUGACGCUCGCAACGGUCACAACGUCUAUCGAGUGUAGCACGUCUCCAUAUUAAAUAUAAGGUAAGGCCGUGUUGCAGUGAAGUCAAGUGCAAUUAUCUGCCAACAUCGUGCCAUCCACCGGCGCCAUGACUGCGAUAUCGCUGAAGGUUGACGUGCCGGAGCAAAGCGUCACAAAAGUCAUUCAGUUCUUCCUGAACACCACAGCCUACGAUGCCUGCAAGGUCAUCAGGGAGAAGAUCACCGACACUAACCUUGGGCUAGCGAAAGACUACGGGCUGUUCAUACCUGGCGAAGACAACUCGGGAGUAUGGAUGGAGCCGACGCGCUGUCUGAGCUUCUACAACGUGAAGCCGAACGACAACGUGCAAUAUCGUCGCAAGAUGCGCCAGCUUAAAGUGCGCAUGCUCGACGGCGCUGUUAAGACGCUCAUGGUCGACGACAGCGCCCUCGUGGCGCACCUCAUGGUCAACAUCUGCACUAAAAUUGGUAUCAUGAACCACGAAGAAUACAGUCUCGUGAACGAGACCGAGCCGCCGGAGCUGGAGCACAAGCCCAACUACGGCACGCUCACGCUCAAGAGGAAGAUCAAGGACGGGGACAAGGAGCGAGAUAUUAAGAUGGAGAACCUCAAGAAGAAGCUCAAAACUGAUGAUGAGAUUAAUUGGCUGGACCACGGCAAGACGCUGAGAGAACAAGGCAUCACCGAGAACGAGACGGUGCUGCUGAAGCGCAAGUAUUUCUUCUCGGACCGCAACAUCACCUCGAGCGACCCCGUGCAGCUGAACCUCCUCUACGUACAGUGCCGCGACGCCAUCGUUGGAGGAGCUCACCCAGUGCCCCUGGAGACGGCGUGUCAGUUCGCCGGCAUUCAGUGCCAGAUUCAGUUCGGCGACUACGACGAGAACAGACACCGCGCCGGCUUCCUCGACCUGAAGGAGCUGUUGCCGCAGAGCUACGUCAAAACCAAGGGCGUGGAGAAGAAAAUCUACCGCUUCCACGCGCAGUGUAAACACAAAAGCGAGCUCGAUGCCAAAGUAGACUACGUGGAACUGGCUCGCUCGUUGUCGACCUACGGCACCACCUUCUUCCUCGUCAAAGAGAAGAUGAAGGGCAAGAACAAACUGACGCCUCGCCUGCUGGGGGUGACGAAGGAGAACGUCCUCAGGCUCGACGAAAAGACUAAGGAGAUCAUGAAGACGUGGCCCCUGACCACCGUGCGACGAUGGGCGGCCUCUCCCAACACCUUCACUCUCGACUUCGGCGACUACUCGGACUCGUACUACUCGGUACAGACGCCGGAGGGAGAGCAGAUAUCAGCCCUCAUCGCUGGCUACAUCGACAUCAUCUUGAAGAAGCGCAACGCUGCUGACCACAUCGGCAUCGAGGGGGACGACGGCAGCGCCAUGUUGGAAGACAAUGUCGCCCCCAACAAGGCGACCAUCAUCCAGCACCAGGAGAGCGGCCACCACCUUCACUCUGACGUCGAGUCUCUGUCCAAGCCUGGCAUUAUGAUACCCGGCGCUAAUGGUCCCCAGAACAUCAGCCGAGGAACUUUACCAGGCGCUAAGGUGGGGGCGUUCGUGGGGCAGGUCAACAGGGCGCACCACCCCCCGUCGACUCAGCAACUGCAAAUCACAAACGUGACGCUGAGCAAGCCUCAGCGCGCGCUCAUCUCGACGCUGGAGAGCGGACGCGAGAUAAUCACGACGUGUACAGAGGAGCUGGACACCAAAGCUGAGCUGCCUGAGCUGGGCUCUGAUCCAGCGUCCGUGCGCUGGAAGCAAGUCACGCUGGACAGCAGCAAGCAGACCGUCACGUCCCAGAUCGCUGCCAUGAACGCUGCCACCGCCGAGGUCGUCACCCUUACUUCUUCGGUGCACGACGAGGUGGACCACACUGCCGUGGGCGCGGCCGUGCACACGAUCACCAGCAACCUGCCGGAGAUGACGCGGGGCGUGCGCAUGAUCGCCGCUCUGCUCGAGACAGACUCCGAGUCUAACAGCCUCCUGCUGGCCACGCGCAGCCUCUGCAACGCCUUCAGCGACCUCCUCUCGGCCGCUGAGCCUGAAAAGGUUGCUGGUCCGCGACCGAACUUGCUUGGUGCUGCUUCUAAAGUGGGUGAGGCGAGCAGCGCUGUACUCAACACCAUAGAGACCGGCCACCACCACCAGAGUCAGGACCUCCUCUUGGGCCUGGCCAAGGCGGUCGCCAACACGACCGCUGCACUCAUCUUGCGUGCCAAGACUGUGGCCGCUCGCUGCCCUGACGAACAAAAGCAGAACCGCGUGAUUACAGCGGCCACAGCUUGCGCCUUGGCCACCUCGCAGCUCGUCGCGUGCGCCAAGGUUGUCGCCCCCACACUCGACAACCCGGCGUGCAAGGAGCAAGUCACUGCCGCAUGCAGGGAGGUUGGACGCGCUAUGCAAGAGCUCUUGGCUGCCUGCCAAGAUGCCAACAACGAUCCCGACCUUCAAGACAGUAUCAUGAAUGCCGCCCAGGACGUGGAGACAGCACUAGGACAGCUUCAGGACCACGUGAGGACUGCUGGCCAGGCCGAGGUGACGCAGCACGACGAGGCCCUAGACAUCAUCCUGACGUCGAGUGACAAGCUCAUCGCCAGCCACGGCAACGCUGCUGAGAUGGUCAGGCAGGCCAAGAUCCUCGCCUCCGCUACCACCACGCUCAUACAGUACAUUAAACAGCAGGCGAACGAUUCAGCCGAUGAUGACCUGCACCACCGCUUCCUGGCCGCCGCCCGCCAGCUCGCCGACGCCACCACGCGACUCGUGGAAGCCGCCAAGACCUGCGCCGCUUCGCCCAAUGAUCCUCAGAGCCAGAAGGCGCUGCUGGAUGCCGCAGAUGCAGUCCGCCGCACCACCAACUCUGCGGCUUCUAACGCCCUCAAGAAGAAGAUCAUAAAGCGCCUGGAGAGCGCUGGCAAGCAUGCAGCUGCUGCAGCCACGCAAUGUAUGGCCGCCUCACAGGGCGCUGGCCCUUACAACACCAGCAUGGCUUCACAGAAAGCCCUCAUAACUGACUGCAGGGACACCGCGGACGUGAUCCCUCGUCUUGUGGAGGCUGUGAAAGGCACGAUCCACAACAGCGACGACGUGCACUGCCAGCAGUCUCUUCUCAUUGCCUGCAAUGCCUUCCUCACACCUGCCACCAAGAUGGCAAGCUCAGUAAAGGCGGCCUUACCAACGGUCGAUGACCCAGCCACCAAUUUACAGCUGUCCAACUGCAACCGCCAGUUUGUGUCGGCUUUAUCGGAGCUGCGCAGUGCCUUGUGCAAGGCGGAGGAGGCAUGUGGGUCCGGUGAGCUCGAGAACGCUAUGCACAUCUGCACAGAGUUGGACCAGCAGCUUCAGGGUUUGCAGCAGGUCCCUGCUAACCAACCCUUGCCUGGAGAGACUCUUCAACAGGCCAUGAGCGACGUUACCAACCUAACCAAGACUGUGGGUGCUGGUUUAGCUCAGCUACUGACUGCCGCGUCGCAGAAUAAUCAAGAAGACUGCGGUAAGGCAGCUCGAGACACGGCUUCAGCUCUGCAGAAACUUACCAACUCAGCUCGCGCCGUUCAGGCCACCACUGGCGAACCUCAGGAGUCACUCAUCUCUGCAUGCAGAACUGUCAUGCAACGAUGCCACAGUCUGCUCGCUGAGACGCACCAACUCAUGUCUUCGGGCGCACCGCCCGGAUCUUCUGUAAGCCAAAGCCUAACGACGAGUGCUCGCAACGUGAGCCAGGCGCUGAACUCGACAGUGGGUGCGCUGCCCAGUAACCAGGCUGUUGACGAGGCCGUCGUAAGCAUCGAGCGCUAUACCAGCAGCCUCGAGGUGCGCCUCCAACAGACAACCUCGACCAAAUCGUACGCAGUCCUGCAAGAAGAGCUCACCCAGGCAGCCCACCGUUUGGAGGCAGCCAGCGCUGAUGUCGUCACUGCAGCCAAGUCGGCACCGCAUCAGCUCGCUCCUGCGUCUAAGGGCAUGUCCAACGCCUUGGGUGAAGUCAUGGGUGCUGGAUUGGGUGUUGCAUCUACGCAGACUCAAGAAGUUCGUGGCAACAUCGUCAUCUCUCUUAAGACCGUCAGUACCGCUUCAUCCAAGUUGUUGACGACCGCCAAGAGCGCUGCGUCUGAUUCGAGUAGCAACAAGACCGCCCUUCAGCAAGCCGCUCGUUCACUCACUGACGCCAUCAACGGACUCAUCGACGUGUGCACGGCAGCAGCGCCGGGACAAAACGAGUGCGACAGCGCCAUCAGGGCCAUUCAGGCCACCAAAAGCCUUCUGCAGAGUCCCAGUGAACCUGUGUCAAACGCUUCUUACUAUGAGUGUCUCGAAUCUGUGAUGGAACGAAGCAAGAGUUUGGGAGACGCUAUGACUGGCAUCGCCAAUACUGCCAAAAAUCUCCAACAUGAAAACUUCAGUCAUUCGGUGAAGGAAGCCAGUUCAGCAAUCUGCGGGCUUGUCGAGGCUGCUGCUCAGGCCGCGUAUCUUGUUGCUAUCUCAGACCCCAACAGUGUGCUUGGAAGACCUGGUCUUGUAGACCAGGCUGCAUUCGCGCGGGCCUACGAAGAGAUUCUUCGCGCCUGCCAGAUACUGCGCAAUGAGCGCAGUGAGCAGCAGCAGGUGCUGUCUGCCGCCACCACCAUCGCUAAACAUACCUCAGCGCUCUGCAACGCCUGCAGGACUGCUUCUACCAGCACCUCGAACCCUGUCGUCAAACGGCAUUUCGUACAGAGCGCCAAGGAUGUAGCAAACGCUACCGCCAGUCUUGUCAAAGAAAUUAAAGCUUUGGACCAGGACUACUCCCCGAGCAACAGAGCUCGCUGCAGCCAGGCCACGUACCCGAUGUUGGAAGCUGUCGAGAACCUUUACGCGUUCGCCAACUCGCCCGACUACGCCGCUGUGCCUGCCAAGAUCUCGCCCAAAGCUCGUCACGCCCAGGCGCCCAUCACCGAUGCUGGGUAUGACAUCAUUGACGGCGCGUGCUCCAUGAUCACGUCCGCUAAAAGCCUCGCCGUGAACCCCAAGGACCCGCCCGCAUGGCAGGAUCUUGCCACCCACAGCAAGAAAGUUUCUGACAGCAUCAAAAGUCUCGUGGGAUCCAUCAAGGACAAGGCACCUGGUAUUAAAGAAUGCGACGACUCCAUCGAUAAACUCAACUUGAACAUCCGAAACUUGGACCAGACUUCGCUUUAUGUACUCGACCAAAACUUGCGCCCCAGGAACGAUGGUAACUUGCAGAGCUUCAACGAGCAGGUGGAGAACGCUGGGCGCGCUCUCCUCGAGAAUAUUGACAAGGUUCGCCAAGCGGGCAAGACCGAAGCUGAGAAACUUAGCCAUGCCGUUAUCCAGAUGACGAGUUAUAUAGACCCUAUGGUGAACGCUGCCAUCGGGUCUGCAUCACACAUGAUGAGCAGCAAGAUGCAGAUGAGCAUGCUGGACCAGACCAAGACCGUGUGUGAGUGUGGUCUGCAGCUCUUGUACAGCUGCAAGGAGUCAGGAGGGAAUACACGCGCUUCGCAUUCUCAUACUGACCUUGACGAUGCUGCUGAUACCAUGAAAGAAACUCUCCAGGAGCUGCUGUCAACAGUGGAAAGCAUUGCUACUGAAGCAGGUGUUGUGUCGGGACUCAUUGAGUCUAUUACAACAUCAAUGAAUCGGAUGGGAGACAGAUCUGCAGUAUCACAGGUUGAUGAAAGUUAUUCCUUUGUUGACUAUCAAACCAGCAUGGUGGCUGCCGCGAAGGAAAUUGCUCGAUUGUCUCAAGAGAUGGUUUCUAAGAUCUCAGUUGACCCUAGCCAACUUGGUCAGCUUGGUGCAAGUGUCGCCCAUCAGUUCAAUAAACUUGCUGGUGAGACAGCCGGGGCUGUCUACUUAUCUUCAACUCCUGACGUUGCGACGCGGCUCCGUGCGAGCGUGCAUGAACUCGGGCAAUCCUGCAUCACUCUCAUCGCUAAUGGCGGGGCAUGUCAGAGUGCGCCUCAGGACACGUACUGCCAGCGAGAUCUGGCGGAGGCAGCGCGACACACGAGUGAGAAGGUUGUUCAUGUUCUGGCAGCGUUGCAGGCUGGCUCUCAGGGCACCCAGGCAUGCAUUAAUGCCGCCUCCACCGUCUCCGGCAUCAUAGGGGACUUGGACACAACCAUAAUGUUCGCCACAGCCGGUACACUCAAUGCAGAGAAUGAUGAUGACUGUUUCUCCGACCAUCGUGAGAAUAUAUUGAAGACAGCCAAGGCUCUUGUGGAGGACACCAAGACGCUGGUGGCAGGAGCUGCAUCAUCUCAGGAGCAGCUUGCAGUGGCUGCUCAGAAUGCUGUGUCCACAAUCGUUCAGCUCGCCGAGACCGUCAAAAACGGGGCGGCUUCUCUCGGCGCCAACAAUCCUGACGCUCAGGUGAUGUUGGUGAACGCUGUUAAAGACGUCGCCAUGGCCCUGGGGGACCUGAUCCAUGCGACCAAAGCCGCCUCCGGCAAGUCCAUCAACGACCCCGCCAUGACCUGCCUCAAGGAGUCGGCCAAGGUAAUGGUGACCAACGUCACGUCGCUCCUGAAGACGGUUAAGAGCGUCGAGGACGAGCACACUCGAGGCACGCGUGCUCUCGAGGCCACGGUUGAAGCCAUCGCACAGGAGAUCAGGGCGUUCGACUCGAGUGAAGCGCCCAAGACCCGGGCGUCGCCUGAGGAGCUCGUUAAAGCCUCAAAGCCCAUCACGCAAGCGACGGCUAAGGCGGUGGGCGCUGGUAACAGUGGCAAGCAAGAAGACAUUAUUGUUGCCGCCAACAUGGGCAGGAAGGCCAUCUCUGACAUGCUCACCACCGUCAAGGCUGCGGCGUGGGCCGCUGAGUCACACGAGGUGCGUCGUCGUGUGCUGCUGUCGGGGCACGACACGGCCGUGCAGUACCGUGAGCUGCUGCAGCUGCUGCUGCACAACACGCACAAGCCUACUACUGACUCUAAGCAGGCUCUCUCCGCGGCGUCCAGGAAAAUUGCCACCUGCGUCACGGAUCUCGUUGCUUCUGCCGAGUCCUUGAAAGCAGGGUUUGGGUGGCAGCAGGUGGAAGAGUCCGCCUCAGCUGGCGAUGACUGGGAAGAUCCUGAAGAUCCUACCGUGAUCGCUGAGAACGAACUCCUGGGCGCCGCGAGCUCCAUCGACGCCGCUGCCAACAAACUCCUGCAGCUGCGCCCUCGUCGCACGCAGGCCAGGGAAGUGGAUGAAAACCUAAACUUCGACGAGAUCAUCUUGGAGGCGUGCAAGAGCAUCGCCGCCGCGACGGGAGCGCUCGUCAAGGCCGCGGGCACCGCACAGCGGGAACUCGUGGACAGCGGCAAGGUCAGGAGGCGACCAACCGCUGCCUCUGACGACGGACAGUGGUCGGAGGGGCUGGUGUCAGCAGCACGACUUGUCGCUGCUGCGACACACUCGCUGUGCGAAGCUGCCAACGCCCUCGUGCAGGGACACGCCACGGAGGAGAAGCUCAUCUCUGCUGCUAAGCAGGUGGCAGGUUCAACGGCACAGCUCCUGGUUGCCUGCAAAGUAAAGGCUGACCCGAACUACGCCUCGACGCAGCGCUUGCAGGCGGCAGGCAACGCCGUCAAGAAGGCAACCGACAACCUCGUACGCGCCGCCCAGCAGGCCAUCCAGCACGAGGAGGAGCACACGCUCAUUGUUAACAAGCGCCUCGUCGGGGGGCUGGCCCAAGAAAUUGACGCUCGCGAACAGGUUCUUCGAAGAGAGAAGGAAUUGAUGGACGCCCGUAUGAAACUCGACAAGAUCCGGCAAGCCAAGUACCGUGCGGGCGAGAGCGGACAGUCGGACACGGACGGCAACAUGUCGGGUUACGACAGUCCACAUGAGACAUCUGGCAUGCAGCGGACUGUUUACUCGAGCUCCAUCCAUCACAACGUAUCGAACAGCACAAAUGGCAGCGCCAACACCAGCGUGAAUUACCAUCUGACGAGCCCGAUGAAAAACCUCUCCCUGAAUGACUCGCGGGGCAGUGUAACUAACGUAACUACUCGCACCUACAAAACCGCAUUCACUUCCAAUCAAAGUGAGCCAGAGACGUCUGAGGUUGAAGAUGGACCGAGCUUCCGUGAGGCACUAAAGGCCUUCCAGAGUAAGUCGAACUCGAACUCAGCGAACCAAAGCCCUAACACUUCUCGUAGUGCCGUGAGACUAAACAACAGCAGCAACCCUGAGACCAUCCUGCAGACUGCUACUAACAGGAUAGAGAGGUCUGUCGAACACACGUCCACCUCUACUAAUCGCUCCUACCACAUGCAAGACCGUUAAAUCUAAUACUAAUUUUAAAAUGUCUAUUAUAAUCCUUUAUAUGCUUGUUCAAAAUGUGCUUAAAACUGCUUAUGCCGUGUAAAUGAUGCUUUUUUGUUAAGUGAGAAUAUAUAUUAUUAAUAUUUCCCAUAAUUCUAUUCUAAUAUAACGGUUUGCAAAGAUAACUUAGAUACAGUCGCACAACGUCGUUAGUUUUAUUGCGUAAUUAUCAUGUGUUUUUUUUUUCGUUGGAGUGCUCCUCCUUAUCAAUAUUAAAGCAUUUAUAUAGCUUCUCAGCUGAAAAAAAUUUCUAUUUUGAUUCACUUAAUUAUUAUUGACGUUGCAUUCUACUCUGAUUGGUGCUUAUAUUGUUAAUUGCUAUUGCUUCAUUAAUUACGAUGUUCCCCAUAGUAAUUUGUGUGGUAAACUGUGUAACCAUCCGAGUAUGUCCUGUAGCUUGUGUGGCUACAUCAAUGUCUUGGAAAUGUUGUUCGUACUGCCGUCGGGCCAUGUCGUUCGGUGUUCUGAUGUCGUAGCGAAGAGUCGUUAUUCGGCUCGAGUUUUCACGUUUAAAACGAUUUGAAACUUGGCGUUACCACUUAAAACGUUCAGAGUAUUUUAAUAAUGUUUGCUUGUUCGUAUAUUUGAACUGUGCACAAAGUAAGUAUUAAUAUUUCCUGUCUAAGUAUCAAUUUUAUCAUUGUUAGAAUCUUAGAUCUUGUACGGCAAUCUGGGUCAUUCAACGGCCACUGAUCAUCCGAAAAAAUUUCAUAGCUUUUCAUCAACGUAAGUAGAUUUGAUUGACUAGAUUUGAUUGACUAUAUUUGAUUGAUUGUAAGUAGAUUUCAUUGAUUGUAGGUUCGCAGAAAAUAGUUAGUUGAACAUACUCGUGGUAUACGAUCCGGCGUGGCUGUGUCCAUGACACGCUCAAGUUCAUGCAAUGAACUUAAUCCAUUGCCUUUAUGGUUGUCUUUAAUGGACUCGUCUUUGGAUGAGUUCGCCUUCAUCUUUUAUGACGUAGUCUUACUGUAGUAAAUAUAGUAGAUUUAUACUGGACAGCGUUGAAGAAUCUUGUUCUUCUUUGAAAACUUCAUACGCCCAGAUUUGUAUGCUUUUACCACUAGAUUAAAUUUUCGCUAAUAUUUAUAUUGCAUGAAAAUUGAUUUUUAAACUAUAUUACGUCAGUCAGUGGUAAUCUCAUGACUCAUGCGAUUUUAGAAAAUUCAUGUUCUAAUAUGACCUUGUACCUCUGAAAUGUAUUGCCUUGUAUUUAAUGUAAUGGAAAGUGGUGGCAGUUCCAUUAUGGUGACAGGCGAGGUAAUAUGGAAGGCAUUUUAUCCAAGAAUACGAUUCUUGACCGAGCUGCUGGUCUUCUUAACUCUUCUAAGUUUGAUCCAUGAAAAGAACGUUAAUUCUACCCACAGGCCUGUCUAGCCGUGCAGCCACUUAGGCACUUCCCUACAGGUAUUGCCUUGGUUUAUUGUAACAUGCAGGUUUGCGUAAUACCCUCUAUUUCAGUCUCUAACUUAAAGCGUCGUUUCCCCACUAAAUAGAAAUAUCUGCCUCCCACUGUAAGGGAGGCCUUAACAAUUCUAGAUACCUUGAAAGAUUGGAGCUAAGUUGGUCAAAUGUUAUGCGUCGCAAGAUUUAUGAAUUUAUUGUGGAUAAUUUAUAAAGAAAAUAAUGCUGGUAAUAAGUUCUUUUAAUGUAUUUAGCAUUAGACUCGCUAAUGGAUUUCCUAGAACUAAAUUUUAGAAAAAAAUUGUCAAAAGUUCAUCGUGGAAAACUGUCCAGCUAGUUCAAAAAAUGUUCUCCAAUAUAUGUAACCAUACUUUUCCGAAAUCGUUAAUAUCUCUAAUCAAACUUUUAAGCUUAUGAUUCGAGUCUGAUUUGGAGUCCAUUUGAUCAGGUUUAUUUGAAAUUUGUUGAAGAAACGUUUGAUCAUAAUUCAAUGCACUAAUUAUUGACUUUGAAUAUUCACUAACUAACAGAGUGACUGACUAUUCUAAAUGUUUCAGAGUUCUCUUACUUAUUAAUUACUAAAUUUAUUUCAUUGUAUUGAACAGCUUGACUCAAAUUACUGAAUACUAACACAAUACUCUUACACAAAUAUGAGAAGUUCUUCGUUAUGAAUCGUUGCGGGAACAUCUACUCACGUCGGUCACCACGUGCCUUCCUCCGCGGCCUGCCGCACCCCAUUUUCCUCAAGAGAUAUUCUUCGCUAUCGAGCGUAGCCGUGCACGAAUACCUUUUAUUGAAAUGCAUGGCUUUUCUGCAUUAAACUUCUCAUCUUUACUUGUACAUGACAAAAAUAAGGCAAGUGUUCGUUUCAUGCUUGAUAUAAACGUGCCUUCAAGGCCUCUCAGUCGGUCUGGCUGACUGAAGCUCUUCCUGUUCUUGCGAGGUAAUUACAUAUUGAUUAUCAGAGAUCAUCUUUUAAUGAUUGUUAUAUAGGUAAGAAAAGGUUAUUAGCAAAUAGAAUGCUCGUAUUUAUGGCACGAUUUAUUGAUUUACAGAUUAUGUCAGCCAGUGUUUAUCGGAUAUUAAAUGGUCUGAUACCGCGCAGAAUUAAAUAUUUGUGAAGUCAAAUGAUGAAUCGCAACUAGAAAUUAUUUGACAGGUUACGUCACGCAGACUUCUGUUGAUUUCUAUGCUCAUUUAUUGUAGUUUAUCGAGAAAGCAAACCUAGUUUUGUAAGUUUUGUUCUUGAUUUAUCUCACUAAUUGUACGCAUAUAUGCUUUGCCUAUUGUAUCUCGCCGAAUUUCAGUAACAAUCCCAUCUUGUGUAUUUUUCCAAUUAUCAGCCAAAUUUUAUCAGUGUUUUUUAAGGUUGAGCGGAUGUAAUAUCAUUCAUUUUGCUUUGCUUUAACAAGUUGCGUGACGUUUCUGAAAUUGGAUAGAAGUUUGCAAGGCGAACGAUCGCUCUUCAAGAUUUGGGUCUCGAUCGGUGUUUUUGUUAUCAGUCGAAUUUCCGAAUGUGCCUCAACUUCGACCACCGCGAGAAUGAGAACUGUUUUAGCUGCUGUCGCUUCAGGCUGUUUUCUGCUUCAAUAUUAAAUAAAAGUUUCAAUUAACUAUAGAUGUCGCUCCAACAUAUCACUUACGUGUAUAGUUCUUCACUAGUGUAACUUGUACCGAAAGUAACUUAACUUAGCUUGCGUGCACUCGACUACCAGUGAAAUAUUCGUAAAAACCAAUACUAAUCACGGGCUCACGCAAUUCUGAACAAUUUAUCGUUGAACCUUUGAAAUAUAUAUCUUAACAUUCAUUGAAGUCGAGUGGAUCGCUUGUACUGCCCCACCAGCCUAUCCGUCACGCUCGAGGCUAUGACCGAGCUUGGUUCAUCUUUCGCUCAGUCCGCCCCGUUGUAUAGAAAUGGAUUAUGAGAGCCUUAACAAUUUGCUUCGUUAAAAUAUAAUGUGCGUGUAACUU